GCGGGUCUCGGCCUGUGGCAUUGCGCCGGCCAGGCGGAACAAAUCUUCUGCGAGGCGCCAGCGGUGACGGUGGCGAUGCCCGCGUCGGCGCGCUGGAUGGCGAGGCCCAGCGUCGGGCCGCAGCCUCUGACCCAGUGGCUGUCACCAGACCAGACCGCUCAGGCUGCCCUGGGCUACUCCUGGGCCUGGGGCGACUCGGGGUUCGAGGGGCCGCAGUGCGCCGUGGCGGUGGCCGCCCCGCCGCCGACAGCGCCAAUGCCCGUCGACUGGAGCGCGCGCAUCACGUCGUUCUCGGACAUCCCGCAG